AUGUCGUCUCGCAAGAUCACACCGGUUCCCAGUACGUUGGAAGCAGCUGUGGUCAUCGAUCUGUCCAUAAAAGACGGCCUUUCGGUUCGACAGAUCGUAUGGGACGAGUUACUGAAAUUUCGCGAAACGAUUGGCAUAAACUUUCAGAGGAUCCCCUUUGAGAAAUUAGACUUUGGCGAAACCAAAAGUUUGGACGCAUUUUACAACGCCGACGUGGCGAUCGUCGAUUUGAGCAUUUCGCAUCAACGCAGUACGAUGUGUUACCAUCUUGGCGUCAGAGAGAGCAUGAAUCAGAGUUACAACGUCAUUCUAUACUUUUGCGACGACACGAACGACAAGAGCGUUUCCAGGCUGAAGAUGCCAUUUACGAAUUACAAAAUACUGGGCUACAUGGUUCAGGAAGGAUGUUUGAUUGCGAUAGAUUAUUGUCAGAUAGUGUCGAAUAUGCCCAGCAGUGUAUCAACUUCUUCGUCAGGGACUUCAAGUGCAUCGUUCCGUUGUAAGAUCAAAAAGUUUCUGAAAGAUGUACAAAUAGAUGCAAGUGCUCAUAGUAAAGAAAAGUUUCUGCUGGAUUUGAGGCAGGCCAGGCAGGCAUUCGAUUCCGAAAACUUGAGUGAAGUGUUGGACAAGUUGCGCCUUCGACUUGAUGACCCGGAUGUACUGUCCGUUGACACGGUUGUUAACAUGUUAUUGUCGUAUCGGGACAUUCAGAACUACGAUGCGAUGGUGUCGCUGGUGGAAGACCUAGCCAGUAUUCCCAAAAGCAAGAUUCACGAGGCAGCAGCGGUGCAGUUCAAUUACGCCUUUGCUUUGAAUAGGCGAAACAUCGGUAGUGAUAGAGAGAAAGCGUUAGAAAUCAUUUUGAAAACAGUGGAGAAGCAGGAAAACCAAGUACCGGACUUCUUGUGUUUGGCUGGACGGAUUUAUAAAGAUCGCUUUAUCGAAUCAGAGUUUACUGAUAACGACGCCAGGGAUAAAGCUGUUUACUGGUAUCGGAAAGGCUUUGAAAAUCAGCCGAACGAAUACGCGGGUAUUAAUCUCGCAACAUUGCUGUCGGUCGCAGGACAGACUUUUCAGAACAGCUCGGAACUGCAGCAAAUCGCCUUGAUGCUCAGCAGCCUGUUGGGUCGAAAGGGUUCAUUGGCCAACAUGAAGGACUAUUGGGACGUAGCGACGUUCUUUGAAAUUAGCGUGCUUGCUGAAAAUUAUCCAAAUGCCUGCCAAGCAGCUCUUCAUAUGUUCAUGCUAAAGCCCCCUGCUUGGUUUUUAAAGUCAACGGUCGGCAAUAUUAAGCUGUUGAUACAGUUUCGCGAGGGCAUUCCUCCUCGUUCUCCAGAAAGUUACGCCGAUUACAAACAAUUUUCUUUCUGGAUGGAUUUUUUCGUGGAAACGUCGAAAUCCGAUGAGAAAUGCAUCGAUACCCGUUUUCCCGUUUUAAGCAUGGAGCCUAGCAAAUUGUACAUUCCAAGUUACGUAUCGGUUAACCAGGAAAAUAAGUCGCUUUCGCUGUGGCACGUUGUGACAAAGAACAAGACAAAGCUGUGCCAAUGGUGUUUCCCAUCAGAAUUGAUUCGUGCUGUCAGUGCGGCAAAGCGCGACGAACGCGGUGUGUUUCUGUAUGUGUACCAGAAUUCUGACGACUUCAUGCUCUUCUUUCCAACUGAUGAACAUCGACAAAGGUUUCUCGACCUCGUUGAUGAAAUAACCUCAAAUCUUGCCGGUUGUAAGCUACUUGGUGAGAGCAUCGAUUCUUCGAACGUAACGUAUGAAUUCGAGGUCGACAGCAACGGUCAAAAGGUUAUACUUGGUAAAGGAACAUUUGGAACGGUGUUUGCUGGCAGAGACUUGACAUCGCAACGCACGAUCGCGAUAAAGGAGGUUGAAAUUAAGAACCCCGAAGAAGUACAGCCACUGAUGGAAGAGAUUCAGUUGCAUUCCACGCUCGUCCACAAGAACAUCGUUCAGUACCUGGGUUGCGAAGUGUCGGACGAUGAAAGCGUAUUCAGGAUAUUUAUGGAACAGGUUCCGGGAGGUAGUCUUUCACUGUUGCUGCGCAAUAAAUGGGGUCCAUUGAUCGAUAACGAACCGACGAUGGCGUACUACGCGAAACAGAUCUUGGAAGGUCUUAACUACUUGCAUUCACAAAAAAUUGUACAUCGUGAUAUCAAAGGCGAUAACGUGCUCGUAAACACAUACAGUGGGCUGUGCAAAAUCUCUGACUUCGGCACAUGCAAACGUUUGGCUGGUUUGAAUCCAGUGACGGAUACUUUUACCGGUACCAUCAGUGAUGUUACUCGUUCGGCGAAGACAGCCGCUUUCUACAUCGUCUCUUUUUUAGGUACCUUGCAAUACAUGGCGCCGGAGGUGAUUGACGAGGGUCAGCGCGGGUACGGUGCACCAGCGGAUAUCUGGUCCUUUGGCUGCACCAUGAUCGAAAUGGCUACCGGGAAACCUCCGUUUCUUGGUUCGCCACAGGCAGCCAUGUUCAAAGUCGGCAUGUACAAAACUCACCCGCCUAUUCCUGAAAAUCUUUCCUCAGAGGCAAAGAGCUUUAUACUGAGAUGUUUUGAAGCUGAUCCUCAUCAACGAAUUACUGCAGCCAAUUUGUUGUGUGACUACUUUUUCGAAGCGUAUGUUUUUCUGCUUGUCAUUUUGCACAAACUCUGUAUUAACCCCGUUAUUUCGACUCCUGAGCAUUUUCUGUGCAUUCUCUGUUCACACGCCCAAAGUUUGGCCUCAUUUUGA